UAUCAAAUUUAUAUGUUUUAAUCAAUCACACCAUGGAAAAACAAAAAAUUGACCGGCGAAUGAAUUAUACCCUACAGUUCUAAAGUGACAUAGUGAAGAUGAAAACUCAACGAUUCUGCCUUAAAUGGAACAAAUCGGAUUUUCUAAGACAGCAAUGUUCACUGUACAUGUCAUCUUAGAUCAGGAAUGUAAUCAUUCAUAUUAACAUGAUGGAUGUUGAUGAGUCGGAACAACACUUUCAGGAGGUGGCUGUAUCUUCUCUGACGGGGUUUCUCUUUGGUAACAUUGAUGAGAAAGGGGAACUGGAAGAAGAUUUCCUUGAUGAGGAAUCAAAGAAGCAUCUAGGGUCACUCAGUGCACUUGGUAUAGGUUCCCUUGUUAGGGAGAUCACUGAUGACUCGGAACAAAUUCAGGAUACCUGGGAAAGUAGUAAUGAUUCAUCCCAAGAUUAUGAGAAGAAGGCCAGUGAUGCUGUGGAUUUUUCUGACAUUGUUGAGGUGGCGGAUGAGGAAGAAGAAGAUAAGGCUAAGAUCAGCCAAGCAAUGUCCUCAAUGCAUAUGCUAAAACAAGAGCAUGAUGAAGAUGAUGACUAUGAUGAUAAAGAUUCUCAGCUGAUGCCCCCACCAACCUGGCUCCCAGUUCAGUUAAAACCUGAUGUUAAACCAACAACAGGUUCUAGUGGUAUGGCAGGAAUGGGUCAGUUAUCACCCUCCCUAAAUACCCCGCUUGCAGCCAUGUUGCCUCCAGAACUGAAGGAUGCUGACGUUACUAAGUACUUCCCAGAAUUCAGGAAAAACCAGGUUUUGCGUUUCUCACGAUUGUUCAAGCCUGUUUACCAUCCACACAUCUGGAAGAAAAAGAAGAAGAAAAAAGAGGGCGAAGAAGACAAAGAUAAAAAGAAAGAUGAAAAGGGCAAAGAAAAAGAAGCUGGUAAGACAGAAACAGAAACCCCUAAAACUGAAGAUAUCAAGGAAGACCCUGAAGCCUCUAAACUAACACCACCACCACCAACAGAGACAUUAUCCACUGAGCCUGUCAAAUCUGAGUCUGAGUCAACAACACCUUCAUCAGAUAUUGAAAUUAAAGUUGAAGAACCGCCUGAGGCCAGGAAUCAAGACAUCAAGGAUGUAGAAAUGACUGGUUCCCAGGAGGAUAAAUCAGACAGUGGUAUCAGUGGUGUAGGGGACGAUGAUGAUGAUGAAGAUGAUGAUUACGUAGCCCAGCUGUUUAAUACAAAGAUCAAAUUGAACAUGGGGCGACCAGCACUACCAGAGGAACUUGCUCCAAGUGAUGAGGAGCUAUUAAAGAUGAAGGAAUCAGGGUCAGUAUCAAAAUCUGACAAGAAAUCUGAGGGUGGUACAAAAGAAGGUGACAUUGAUGUAGCCCCGUGGAGGUAUGGCCCAGCCCAGUACUGGUACGACAUGUUAGGGAUCAAUGAAACUGGGGAAGGAUUUGACUAUGGGUUUAAGGUUAAAAAAGAAAAUGAAGAACGAAUGGCAGCUAAAGAGAUUAAAGAAGAGCCUGUAACUGAGGAUGAAGCAGUGGUGAAACAUGAACCACCACCAGAUAUUCCAGACGAGGCCUUCCUCAUGAUAACACAGCUACAGUGGGAGGACGAUAUAAUCUGGAGUGGUGAGGAGGCCAGACAGAGAGUGAUGCAGGCACAGAAAAUGAGACCACUAGCUGCGGGCUGGAUCCCCAGUACUAGCCACAGAACAGCUGCCCACUAUCUCCAGCAGUAUCGUCCUGGAUUACAGACAAGGUUAGGACCUGGCAAUCUACCCAUCAUGAGAUCUAUAUCUGGGCAGUUUGGACAAAAACCAGAAACACCAGGAGGAUGUCUGACAGAGCAGGGUAAAAACAACAAGUGGUUUUCUAUAUUUCCAAUAGAGAACCAAGAUCUUGUGUAUGGUAACUGGGAAGAUGAGAUUAUAUGGGAUGCCGAGAACAUGGAUUACAUUCCAUCCCCAAAGACAUUGACCAUAGAUCCUAAUGAUGACAAUAUUAUACUGGAGAUACCAGAAGAUAAAGAUCCGAGUGCACCGGAGACACCAGCCAAAAAAGAGAAGUCAGAGGUGAAGAAAUCUCGUAUUUUACUAGGAAAGGCAGGUAUUAUCAAGGAUGAGGAGGAGGAAGAUAAUACACAACAGAGUAAUUCCAACAUUGAUCCAUUCAAUAUGUCAAAUGAUGAGUUUUAUAACCCUAAACUACUAGAUACAGCUCUACGAUCUAACAUGGGUGUUAAUCUUAUACAGCACUCUACGCCAGCUGUUGAGUUACAACAACCGUUCUUCCCGACAUUCCUCAGUGAGACUAAACUACGGACAUUUCAUCGUAACCCUUUAAAGAAAUACUCACACGGUGCUCUAGCUACUCAUGGUCCACACUCUGUCGACUCCCUGUUUAAAGUUAUCAAAAGGAAAGCGAGGUUAAGAGAUCAGGAAAGACAAGCAUUUGGAGGUGGUGAGAUAUUCUUCAUGCGGACACCACAGGAUUUAACCGGUCAAGACGGGGAACUUAUUCUUUGUGAAUUUUCGGAGGAGUAUCCUCCCCUGAUGAUGCAGAUUGGCAUGGCAACAAAAAUCAAAAAUUAUUAUAAAAGGAAACCAGGCAAAGAUAGUGUACCUCCACAGUACAAAUAUGGAGAGAUAGCGUAUGCCCAUUCCUCUCCAUUCCUAGGUUCUCUGGUUCCUGGCCAGUGUCAGCAGGCUUUAGAGAACAACAUGUUUAGAGCUCCAAUCUAUGAACAUAAAGUGGCUGCCACCGACUUCCUCAUUAUAAGAACCAGAAACCAAUUUUAUAUCCGUGAUCUUGAGACGAUAUUCUGUGUAGGUCAACAGAGUCCUCUGUAUGAAGUACCUGGGCCAAAUUCAAAGAGAGCAAAUAAUUUUAUCAGAGAUUUUCUUCAGGUGUUUAUAUACCGGUUGUUUUGGAAAAGUAAAGACAACCCAAGGAGAAUUAAAAUGGAUGACAUUAAGAAAGCAUUCCCCUCCCACUCUGAAAGCAGUAUAAGAAAAAGGUUGAAACUUUGUGCAGACUUCAAGCGAACAGAAAUUUAUUCUAGACAAUAUGGAAUGGAUUCAAACUGGUGGGUGUUGAAGCCAGAUUUCCGGUUGAAGACGGAGGAAGAGAUGAGAAAUAUGGUGUCACCAGAACAAUGUUGUGGUUAUUAUAGCAUGCUGGCUGCUGAACAAAGACUAAAGGAUGCAGGAUAUGGAGAGAAAUCAUUCCUAGCACCUGAAGAAGAUAAUGAAGAGGAAACACAGAUGAAGAUUGAAGAUGAGGUGAAGACAGCUCCCUGGAACACUACACGAGCUUAUAUCUCGGCAAUGAAAGGCAAAUGUUUAUUAGAUCUCAAUGGUGUAGCCGACCCAACUGGUGUUGGGGAAGGAUUUUCCUAUAUCAAGGUACCUAACAAACCACAGCCGAGAGAUGAGGGCAAAGAUAACACACCACAGAAGAAAACUGUCACAGGAACUGAUGCUGAUCUGAGAAAACUCUACCUCAAAGAUGCCAAAAAUAUUCUCAGAAAAUAUGGUGUACCAGAACAUGAGAUAAAGAAGCUAUCAAGAUGGGAGGUGAUUGAUGUAGUGAGGACAAUGUCGACAGAGCAGGCUAAAGCUGCGGCCCAGCAGGAGAUAGGGGAAGGUGGGGGCUGGAACAAGUUUGCUCGAGGUAACAGGUUCUCAGUGGCAGAACACCAGGAACGUUACAAGGAAGAGUGUCAGAGACUCUUUGACUUACAGAACAAGAUUCUCUCAUCAGCGGAACAUCUAUCUACAGAUGAAGCUUCAAGUUCUGAGGAUUCUGAGUUUGAAGAGAUAGGGAAAAACUUAGAAAGUAUGCUCUCAAAUAAGAAAACUAGCUCUCAGAUAAAGAUGGAGAGAGAAGAGGCAGAGAGGAGGGAGUUACAAAGAAUGAUGAUGGAAGGUAAAGAUGAUAAACAAAAGAAAGAUUCAUCUAAACAAGAAGAAGAUCCAAUGGCUAAUGUUACUGGCAAGAAGUUAAAGAUUACUCGAGUGUUUGUAGAUGACAAUGGCAGAGAGUUUACUAGAGUGGAGUGGGUCCUGAAACCAGCUGUUAUUGAUGCUUAUGUCCGCAUACAGAAAACAAAAGACCCUAAUUUUAUUAAACAGUUUGCUACAAUGGAUGAUGCUGCUAAGGAAGAGAUGAGAAGGGAGAGAAGAAGAUUACAAGAACAGUUAAGACGUAUUAAAAGAAACGAAGAGAGAGACAAGGCAUUACCAGAAACCUCCUCUAAGAAGAAGAAAAAGAAAGAAGUUCAAAUAUUAAAAUCUAAGAUGAAGUGUGGUGCCUGUGGACAGACUGGUCACAUGAGAACUAACAAGGAAUGCCCUAACUACAAUAAAACACUGGGCAGUACACCUGCACCAGUCCAGGUUGCCAUGACAGAGGAGGAAGAGGAGAAACAAGGAGAAACUUUACAGGAUCAUGGACUGGUUGAUGUUGUUGGCACUAAACUCAAACUUAGUAAAAGUCUUAUUGAACAUGCUGAGCAAAUAAAAAGAAAGUCCUUGGUAUUGAAAUUUCCAAAGCAAGCAAUGGAAUCUAAGAAAAGGAAGAAAGCAGGCACAACAAUACAUUGUGAUUAUUUAAAGAAGCCGAGACAGUCUGCUAAUAGAAGGAGAGCAGAUCCUGUGGUUACAAUGUCUAGUAUAUUUGAACAAGUGCUCAAUGAAAUGAGAGACAUGCCAAAUACACAUCCAUUUUUGUACCCAGUUAGUGCUAAGAAUGUUCCAGAUUAUUUCAAGAUAGUGAAGGAACCUAUGGAUCUACAGACUAUAAGAGAGAAUCUGCGAGCUAAAAAAUACAAGUCGAGGGAAGAUUUUCUGUUAGAUGUGAAUUUAAUAAUGAAGAAUAGCAGUUUAUAUAAUGGCAUAAAGAGCACACUGACUAUGACAGCUCAGAAUAUGUUAGAUCAUUGUCUAAGAAGACUAGCAGAGAAAGAAGAUAAGUUGAUGAGACUAGAGAAAGCUAUAAACCCACUGUUGGAUGACAAUGAUCAAGUCGCCUUCUCUUUUAUCCUAGAAAAUAUUCUUAAUAGAAUCAAGUCAGUGGAUAAUACAUGGCCAUUUCAAAAUCCUGUAAAUAAGAAAGUUAUAAAGGACUACUAUGAUGUUAUAGAGCAACCCAUGGAUCUUAAUACCAUUUUAAAGAAAAUUCAAAGUCAUCAGUAUCAGAGUAAGGAAGGUUUUAUUGGUGAUAUACAGCUAAUCUUAGACAACAGUAUCAGAUAUAACGGCAAGGACCAUGCCUUUACAACUACAGCAAAGAAAAUGUUGGAUGUUUGUAUGUCUGCCAUUCAGGAGAAUGAGGAGACAAUCACACAGUUGGAGAAAGAUAUCCGAGCUGCGCAGGAGGCAGCACUGGAGGCCGCAGAGUCUGAGAGUGUUGUCACUGGUACAUCUAUUACACAUGAUGACUACACUCAAGGUUUGGACAAUGAAUCUCUAGAUGGCUACAGUACUACUAAAGAAGGUGUGACAAUAAAGGAAUAUACUGAGAUGGAUGAUUCUAAUGCUGGGGUUACACAAGAUUCACAGCCAUACUUCCAGGGAGUCAGUAUGUCUGACUCUGAUUUUGUGGAUAUUGAAGGAGAUGAGGACUCUUUUAGCAGGAAAAAGUUAAAGAGGGAAGUGAAACAAGAGGAUGGAGAUGGUGACCUGGAUGAAACACUAGACAGAAUGGAGGCAGAAAAUGAUAUCCUUGGUAAAUUAAGUGAUGAUUCUGACGAUGAGAAGAACACCCAGGAUGAUGUAGAACAACAAGGGUACACAUACAUGGAUGAUGACCAAAGUUACAUGGAAGCUGCUAACUCACAACAAUAUCAGGUACAACCGCCACAGAUUGAUGAUGAGAACAGCUUUGAUCCGUCCGAGUUUUUCCGUCACAGUGCUCUUGCUAGUCAAGCAGCGGCAGUGGAAGAACAGAAUCAAUUUGAUGACCAACAGGAAACCAUGGAUACUGAUCUCAACAAUGACCUUGAGAUAUCAGAGUCAGAGAGUGAGAAUGAAGGUCAGGGAGACACACAGGGAGAUGACUCCAACGAGGGUUUUGAUAUUGAAGAAUUCCUGCAAUAGAAAUUACAGGUGUUUCAUCUGGAAGUGUA